UAUCAUCAACUGUCCAACUCACAAAGGUCCUUGCCCACCUUGUUGUUCUUUUUGAUUUUCCUUCAUCACGCUGUAUCCCCCAAGCAGAUUUACUGUUUAUAGACCUGUUUCAAAAUGGCACCCCGAAGUCGUGAAGAGCUCUUGGCCUAUGGGAAGCCCGAUCCCCUUUUCGAGGCUGAGCUCGCGGCCCGGCCCAUGCGAGACCCCCAGCCGAGCGAUCCUUACUUCGGCCGGGACGACUUCUUCGCGAUGCGAGAGCAUCGGGCUACGCGCCUCCGCGAGUCCCACCACCUGCGCUACCUCCCGGGGCCCAUCCCCGACCAGGUCCGGGAGGAGGACCGCAAGAUCACCGCCAGAGACGGCCAUGAACUCGUCGUCCGGAUAUACACCCCCGUGAAAGCCCCACGCGAGGGGAGCCCGCUCAUCGUCAUGUAUCACGAGGGCGGCUGGUCCGCGGGCGAUCUUUCGGACGAGGAGGUGAACUGCCGCCUCUUCAGUCGGGACUUGGGGGCCGUCUGCGUCAACGUUGAUUACCGGCUCGCACCCGAGUUCGCCUUCCCGACAGGCAUCAACGAUUGCUGGGACGCGCUGCAAUGGGCCGCCGAGAACGCGUCAAACCUGAACGCAGACCCUUCUCGCGGCUUCAUCAUCGGCGGCGGCUCUGCCGGCGGUAAUAUCGUCGCUGUCCUCGCCCACCUCGCCCGCGACGACAAGCUCUCUCCGCCCUUGACAGGACAGUACCUCUGCGUGCCGGCCAUCAUGUGCUUCCUGCCUCCGGAGGCCAUUCCCGAACAGUACCGUUCCGAAUACCUCAGCCACCCCUCCGUCACGCCCUGCAAGGACCCCGUCGUGGGCCCCAACAUGGACGAGAAGAUCGCCGGUGUGCAGGUCAUCUUGAGGCCGGACAUGGAGAGCCCGCUUUUCGUCCCCUUCCACUCCGGGAGGGUCGGGCAGGGGCACAAGGGCUUGCCUCCCGCCUACUUCCAGGUGGCCGGGUUGGAUCCCCUGCGGGACGAGGCCCUCAUCUACGAGCGCGUGCUGAGGGAAGAGGCAGGCGUCAAGACCAAGCUCGACAUCUACCCGGGGCUUCCGCACUACUUCUGGACAAACUUCCCACGUCUCGAGGCGAGCAGGAAGUUCGUGGAAGACACCGUCAAAGGUGUCCGAUGGCUACUACAGCAGCAGUAGGGGUAGGGUUGACGGGGAGUAGGCGCCUGAUUUAUAUUUCUCCAUGCGACAAUGUACGCAACAGUCC